AAGGAGAGAGAAUAAAUAAUAAUACGACAGGACUGGAGAAAUCAGGAGUCCAAAUCAGAUUUAAUAGCAAAAGGAUGUGUUGCAACUAACCAGCCACAAAUUUCAUAAUGUCUGCUGUUCUGAAGCGGUUGUGUUACAUUGGAUUCCAUGUUCUUCAGGGCCAACAGCUGGCCAGUCACCUGGUGCAAAGGUUUGGCUUUGAGCUGUUUGCUAUACGGGAAGCAGAGAGGAAGAGGCAGCAGGCUUUCCGAAGAGGAGAUGCUAUUUUUGUUGUCAAUGAAGAGCAGGAGCUGACUGAGAAAACCUUUUCAUCUUCAGAUUUACCUUCAGACUGCUAUAAGCAUAAAGGGAUCUUGUAUGAUGUGAACCUGCAGUACAGAGUCAGUACAGCUUCCAAUAUUUGCUUUGAAGUAGAGGAUGUCCCUGCAAUCUCCCGAAAUCUACAAGAGAAAGGCUGCAAGAUCCUUAUUCCUCCCACCACUGAAGCAGAUGAAAAGGGCUUUGUGACUUACUCCGUAGUGAUGUCCAUUGUGGGCAAUGUCAGCCAUACUCUUCUUGACAGAUCCCGGUAUGGUGGAUCAUUCCUGCCUGGUUUCUGUGAAGUUUCCCCCAAGAAAUUCCAGAAGGAGCAGGAAACUGUACAUUUUGAUCACAUCACCUAUGCCUGUCUGCAAGGUAGCUCACAAGCUGUGCUGGACUGGUACAAAAACUGUUUUGGCUUCCAGCGCUUCUUCAUCCACCAUCUAGAUGAUGCUUCAGAAGGCUUUCGGAUUCAGGGGGAAGACAUGGGCCUUCGUCUUACUGCCAUGCAAUACAGUGAUGAUCGAUUGUCACCCUUUGAGCCUGACUGUAAAUUUGUUCUGGCUGAGUCACUGCCAAGGCAAAAGAUGGGCCAGGUGGACACUUUCUUACAGCAGCAUGAAGGAGCUGGCAUCCAGCAUGUGGCCCUUUAUACCACAGACAUUGUAAGUACUGCUGCAGCCAUGGCAAAGUCAGGAGUAAGCUUUUUCAAACCACCCGUAUCCUAUUACAAUGAGAAAAGCAAAGAGGAGAUGCAGCACAUUGGGCAAGAUCUUCAGCUCCUGAAAAACCAGGGCAUCCUUUUUGAUGCAACAGUAGAUGACAAAGGAUAUAGCCCUAGCCUCCUCGAGAAGCAAUACCUGAUGCAGAUCUUCACUAAGCCUCUUUUUACAGAAGAGACCUUCUUCAUAGAACUCAUUGAGCGCCAUGGGGCUGCAGGUUUCGGUGAGGGAAAUGUCCGGGCUCUUUGGAAAUCUGUACAGGAUUAUAUGGAUCAGCAGCAAAGACCCACUCUACUCGAGAACAAAGCCUGACAGAAUGUUCUUUAUGUUCUGCUCAGAG